AUCGUCGCACCUACCAACAAUAAACCGUAAGCGUGUUUACGGAAUUUAAAAACAUCAGAAAGUUUUAACGGGAAGAAGAAGCUUCGUGUGCAGAGCUGAGGUGAGUCUGUGUGUAUUCUUGCAGGUAGUCUCUGUGUGUGCGUCUUCGAAAAGUGUGUGUGUGCGCUCUGGUUGUUGUGUGUACUCUUUGUGCACGUAUGGAUUUAGGAGGCAGAAUCGAGGACGGCCGCGGCAUCUGCUGGAGUGGAAAGCAGGCAGGCAUUAAAUUUAGACUAUCGCGAGCCUGUGCAGCUCUCUCUGAGAUUUUGUGAACACACUCAGCACAGAAAGUCAACUCUAAUUCGCAGGGAGCCGCGGGGCACGACCUACACACAACUACUUCAUUUUAAUCUGGAACAAAAUGUUCUGAAUUCAAAGAGCCCACAGGAACUCAGAGCUUCUGCUUAUUACAGAUUCAGUUUUUAGGGGAUAAACUGUUAAUUUAUUUUUUAAAGUAUUUUUAAAAGUGAAGCACAUUUUGUUUUACAACCCGCAGCCUCCUUAUUGAUUUGGAGUUUUUGCGCACUUAUUUCUGUGCAGGAUUUGGAGCACUUUACACUCUUAAGAGCGCAACUUUCUCCAACUCUCUGCUUUCUUAUGCUUUAUAAUAUCUCAGUUCAGAAGAAAUAAGUGUCUAAGAAAGUUAACAGAUCAAACAUGAGUAUGAAAUUGGUUUAAAGUUGUUUUUAUUCUUCGUUUCGCUCUUGGGACUCCCUUUGGCUCUUCAUCACUCGUAGCGUGGCUGCAGGAGAGCACACACCCACCCGUCUCCGAGCUCUUUCACACACCCACCCCCACUCGAUCACACACACACACACCCACCCAGUCUUUUCCCAUCUACCGUGACUGUGGAAUUCUUCAGGUUUAGCGCGUUUUCUCUCAGUCAGAGUGAGCUCUUUGUCUGCUCCAGUUUGUGCGCCACACUGGGACAAGUGCGCACUCAGCGCUCCUUUACGCGCUCUCUCCCUCUCUCUCUGUUCCUCCCUGUCAAAAAUUUAACGAGCCUGUUUUCCUGGAAGUUUCAUGGAAGUCUUAAAACGCAUUUUACUUCAGCUUUGCAUGUUAACAAUGCGAACAUAAAGCAGAGGAAGGCAAGAGCCACUCUGCGUGCCCUCUUCCUCUUAUCAGAACAUCGUGUUCUAGAAGUCCCUGUGGUUUUUCUGUCCCCUUCUGUGUCUCUCAAAGUCACAACUUCAGCAGAAAAACUCUCAGGAGUCCUGUCUGUAUUUUCUUGUAUUGGGUUUGUUGGAGUUAACAGCAGAAAGAUGCAGAUAGUUGCAACCAGGGUGUGGAAGAACAAAGGUUAAAUGUCAAACUGGCCUGUUUGUUUUGAAGUCCCCUCCUUAGAGAAAGCUCCUGGUGCACACACGGCUAUAGUGUCACUGCUAAAUGUGAAACAAUCCCACAUGUGAAAGUGUGAAAGAAACUGGGAAUGUAAAUUAUUCCUAUUUGCAUGCUUAUGCUGGCUGUACUUCAUAACUCAUGAAUGUGGAGGUAAUAUUCCUGUUUUUUGCAGUGUCGUAUACUGAUGUAACAGCCUCUUCUGAUUUAAAAUCCUCUUAUUCUUCAACAAAAAGCUCUAUUUCUGUCAGGAUGCUUUCUGUAAUAUCAGAUACAAACAGUCUAAGCGUGUCAGGGACAAAAACAAGAUCAUUACAGGGUGGUAUUUGCAGCAUUGACAGCUGAAGAAAUCUCUUGUGACUUUUCCUCAUGUCUUUAUUCCUUUUGGUGAUGCAGACCUCAUAAAAACUCUCCAAAACCCCCCAAGAUUGGUCUGUGAUGUAACUGAAGUUAGACAACUCCUUCCCCUCCCCCACUCUCUUCCUGCACAAAAUGGUCAUCUUCUGCACAGUCAGUGAAGUGUUAAAACCUGCGGUCAUUUGGAAGAGACUUUCCUGGUACCUUCUGGCCCAUUUAGAGAAAAUAAUUUAAGGAUAGAUUAUCAAUCAUAAUUUUAUUUCCAAUGGGACUUAAAAUGUCAAUUUCAAGAGAGUUUAGGCUUAGAGCUGUUUAAAGAAGUUUCACAAAAGAAAGAGCAGUAGAGUAACUAAUAGAGCCUUCUUUUCUGCAACCUAAGUCCUGAAGAGACACAUGAUUCUUCCUCUUCUGCCUCUCAUCUUGUCUUAAUCCAUCUUUUGAUAUCGCCUCUUAGUUCACCUGCACACUCUUGAGCUGGAUUAUGUUUGUUUUGUCACAUCAUUAGCUGCAAAAGUUUGUAGUCAUGUGCAUACUGUGGCACCUAUGCUGUCAUUUCGCUCAACUUCUUCUACCUGUGGUUAAUAUUUUGCAAUACAAGUGCAUCCCAGUGCAAAAAUGUGACUUCACUGUCCUGAAAUAUCCAACAUUUGAGACUAAUGUUGGAGAAACAUUGAGGGUAAUGAUUGCCACGGAUUCUCAUAUGCAACAUAAGAUUUUACGCUUGGUGUUUACACGCUGAUGUGAGCAAAAUUUACUCAGACCCCUGAGGGUGAACCCCUGGCAAAGACAGUCUUAAAAACUUCUAUAUUUUUCUCAGGGAGCUCACAUCCUGUUAGCAGAGCAGGAAAACCUCGAACAUUUACUGACUGAAACAUUCUUGCAUUGUUCUGAAAUGGACCCACAGUCUUUGGAGAUCUGUAAAAACUCAAUGAGGUGUUUCCAUCGUAGAGGUAAGUGAAAGUUGAUAAUUAGAGUAUAAUUUUGGUGUUAAUGGUGGAAUUUAUUAAGGAGUUUCCACCAUUUGGGUUUAGAAAAUGCUGAGCUGUUGUACCAACUUGUUUUACAACUCCUCAGACCAAACAGUGAGUGUGUGUACGCCAAGGUGCUGAAUAUAGAGCAGUGUUGUAGACACCAUGAGUGGUGUGUGUGGUUUGUGGAUAUAUGCUCGGUAUUCACUACUCCCCUCCCCCGAGGCAGCGUUCAGCAGAGCCGAGCAUGCUCCUGCACACAAACACACAGUCUACUGCCAAUGCUGAUGAUUCUCUUUCUCUCACUCACAAAAGACUGACCGGACUUUCUGCUUUGCUGCUGAUUGUCUCUGACAAUGUGCAAGUGUGCGCAUGUGUGCCUGUGCUUGUGUGUGUCUCCAAAAUGGCUUUGAGUGUGUGGCAUGUGUGGUUUUUCACUGAUUGGCUGAUUUUCACCUCAAAAUUGGAUAUUUGCUUUUAGAGGAUUUAAACUCUUAAAAUGCCUAAUGGUGGAGUGCAAACAAGCAGUCCUGUCUGGUAAAGUUUGGUACAGUAAACCCUUAUAUUGCUUGGGUUUCAACUAGGGAAUUUUCAAAGUUGGCAACUGUCCAUGGGAAUUAAUGGGAAUAAAUUUGAAAUUGACAAAAUUGAAGGUUGGCCCUCAACAGGGAACUUAAAUGUAGUUGGGGAAAAUAUAUUGUAGCAUUAUUUUGUCUAAAAAACAAGAUUUAAUGCAAGUACACUCCUCAAUCACAAAGACAUUUGAGCCCACAGACAAUAUAAAGUCAAGUAAGUUUUUCCGCCCCUUUGCAACCCUAGUUUCAACAAUCAGCUGUAACCUCCAGAGUCCACCCCAGAUCCACCCUUUAGAGAUGGAUUGGUCCACUUGGUACCCCAACUGAAGGGCAGCACAAAAGUAAGACAGCACAGAAUGGUUUGUUUGGUACUUUUCCCAACUCUUAACAGUGUUGACCAAGUUACAGGAAUUUUCACCCUUCCAAACUGAUCCAGACUGCAGGGUGAAAAUGCAUCUUAAGAUGUUAUUUUGCAUGCAUUGAUAGUUAAAGCCUUUACAUAAUAGUUUUGGACCAAGCAAGAGCAGUCUUUGUCUUAAAAAAAAGUACUCAAGUUUCAGUUUGUUGUGUGCUUAUUGUCUGAGUAUCUUUGACCAAUCAGGUACCAGCAAACUUUGGUUGAUGCAGGAAAAAAAACAGACCAUAUCAGGAGCUCAAUCCAGUCUAUACAGGAUCUGGUGAAACCGUGUAACGUCUGUGUAGCUUACUCAUAGUGAAACUGAUCCUACCAAGACCACAUGGAAGGUGAGCCACAGUGACGUCCUUAUGCAGCUCAGACUUUACAUUGAAACUGAGACUUAUCACAAACACACAAAGGGUGAGCUAGAGCUAUGCAUCCAUAUUGCUUAUCAUAACUGAGAUUUAGAAAGAUCAUUUGGGGCCCCUCUUGGAAUUGAUAAACUAGCAACACCCUCAUGAAAUCAUCCAGACUUCUUUUUGUGGAUUGAUUGGGGUGAUUGCUAUUAGUCCAUACCAACAAUGAAGAAAUGAUGGCCAUCCCUAUGGAAUACUGAUCGGUCAGAAUCAAACACAGUAAUAUCAGAAAGCUCAGAUUAAAUGUUGAUGUUCAACUACUCUCAAAGCAGUACGCAGAGGGUUAAUAAGAGGUGUGAAAAACUCUCCCUUUGAUAUCGAUGAGGAUCUUCCUGCAGGUUAUUUUCUUGUUUACUAGCGUGCAUGUGUAGACAUCGACAUCCCCUCCAGGCUAGUCAACUCACCGAGAAAACCGGUCCUACUGGAAUCAAUCUCAAAUCUUUAUUACCGUGUUUAUCAAAAGCUUAUGUGUGUGAGCUGUGCUGUUAUUAUGUAGGCUGCAUAUUUUAUGUGUAGAAGUUAUAUGAGGAUAAAGGUUUGUUCAGGCGGAAUCGGAAGCAUGUGGAGUUUUACCAUGAACCGCUGUCGUACACAAACGCAACGAUUUCGCUACGAUAAUCAACAUGUUGCUGUAAAAGCUGCACAUUAGAUCCAAGUACACUACUUCAGCGGUGUACACACCACAAGGAGAGUCGAUAAACCAGAUUAUGCACAUUUUACUCUGAGGAUUUGGAAAAGGAGGAGCUCUACAUGUUUCUGCAUUUCUGUUCAUGUGGAAUAUCCCACUGAACCUUCAUGUUAACGCUGUGCCAGUGAAGUGCCAUUUUUAUAUCGUUUGAUUAAAAACAUAAACAUAUUGAGAUUACAUCUUGCCAGGGAGGGAUUUCAGCAGUCAUUGUCACUGUCCUUUUUUGACCCUUUAAGUAAAUAAAUGACCAAAGUCAUGAAACAUAUUGGUGCAGCGAUCCGUUUGUAGCCAGUUAAAGUAAGUGAAUUGAAUGGGCCAUCUAAAUGCAAAGUGGCGCCAAAACUUCUAAAUUAGGUGUUCAUUCAUUGCAUUUAAUCAUUAGUGUUGAGAUGAGACUUUCUUAUAAUGAUCGACAUGACAUAGUAGAGCUGAAUGUGCCUGCAGAGAUGCCUGGCUUCUGUUCUGGUCCUCUGGCUGUUUUUUCAACAAAGGGGUCAAGCCAACUGGGCUCUCUUGUGAAUGAUACACUUACUGCUUCUUGUUUAUGGUUGCACAAUGGUAAGUAUUGUUGCCUCAGAGCAAGAGGGUUCCUGGUGUGAAUCCCAGGCUGGGCAGGGUUCUGUCAGUGGAGUUUUUCCAGUUUUAGUCAGACUUCUUCCGUCAACCAAAUUGUGUGAUAAUGUGAGAGGUUGAGGGGGAUGGGAUGCUAACCCACCAGCUUGUUCUUAGAUCCUUCUCACUCAGUCAUUGACAUUUUAUACUGACCAGGAAAUUAUUCACCAACUGAAAACAAGAAAUUCAAUCGACAACUAAUCCACAUUCUGUAAACCCCUUGGCUAAUGUCGGCUAAGGUUUGGCUUUGGGGUGUCUGAUCCAUUUAAGACUUCUAGAAAAUAAACUCAGCAUAUUCAGAAAAGAGAAAGGUUGGAGUUUUGAUAAACGCAAAGUCAGUCAGGACCAAUGUACUAAAAUACUUGUGGUAAUCUGGCUUUAUUCUGAGAGCACAAUGCCUCCGUUUUUUGUGUAUACAUAAAAAGCAAAGGCAGGAAGAGCAGCAGCAAAGAUCUCCAGGGGCCUGGAUUGUAUGUAUGGAACAAGCCAAAUACUUUGCUAGAAGGCCAGCGCUAUGUCUUUGGUGGAGAGGUGGAUGAACUGAUUGAGAAGGACCAUGACCAAAGAAGGAAUGCAUGUCCUUCCAGGAUAAAAAAAAACCCAUCCGUGUUAUUUCCAGCAACACUGUAAUGCAUAACAUAAAAGUUAACCCAUGCAUCAAAUGGUCUGAAAUCAGUAGCAUGAUUGCAAAACAGUUUGCAGAGAAGGCAGGCUGAAACAGUCGGAUAGUUGCCCAUUGACUGUCUGUCAGAAUAUCAGCUGAUGUGUCCUGAGCUUGACUUUUGUGGCCUUCAUGAACUUAGCAUUACUUAUAUGUAGUUGCAUUUUAACAAAGGUUUAUAUGUGAGCUAUAAUCAACAACUAAAAAGGAAAGUCUGUGAUGAUCUGCAGUAAUUUGGAAUAUAUGACACGUUUGAGUUGAAGUGUCUCUUCUUAAGGCCCAGAGUGUCUGAACAGGAAAGCUGAGGGAAAACACAGACUGGAGGCUUGAAUCAGGCUCUGUGUUCAUACAUGCAUUCAUGUCAGCCUGUGUUCUUCUCACACAGCUGUUGACGCUGUGUGAAAGAGUGUGUGUUCAGGGUAGGGUGCGUGCAUGUGUGUGUGGACCUCUUGUUUGACCCUCAAAGCACCCAGCUCUGCCCCGCAGCAACUCAAACCAGCGGAUCAGUUGUUUACUCAGUUUACAGCCUCCUGUUACUGACAGCGGUCGGUUGGUUUUACCCUCUACUUUGCAGUGAUGGAUGCACAGUUAGUGUGUUUGUGUGGGGGAGGAGAAGUGGUCAAGCCUGUUAAACUUUGACAGUUGUAGUCAGCCUAUCUAGAGGUGCUCUAAACCUUCAAGUCAAGAACCCAUGACUCUGAAACUCCAAGUUAUUGAAGCGUCCUUUAAAAGAUUCAUUUUAAUUAUCACCAAACAUUUCAAUAUAGUGAGAUAAUUUAUGUGUUCAUGGGAGGUCAAAAAUAACAGGUGACCAUGGAAUGAACAUACCACAGAGUGUCCUCCAAAAACGUUUGGAUUGAGUUGAUUUUGAUUCCUAAAAAAAUCUCCUUUUGUUUUUAACUUUUCAAGUAUGUCAGUAACUGUGAGCGUUGUGAAAAAUAGGACCAGAGUUUGUUCCUGCAGCUACUGAGAAUCUCCCCGUCUGUCACCAACCAGCUGUGAUAACAGACACUCAACAACAUUUAGAGAAACAGUUGUCUUUGUUUGCACAGUGGCAGUUUCAAUUAAUUUCAUGUCAAAUUGGACAAUUGAUUAAUGAGGGAUGUCAUUUCUCUAGAUCGAACCAUGUGAAUCUCAAGCCUCCGCACACUUCCUCUCUGCAGCAGUGCCAGGAUUGAGUUCUGCUAACUUCACUGUCUAAUUUACACAUUGCACUCUGAAAUGGUAUAAUAUUGUUGUUCCAGUGUGCGGGGCAGAGAGGGAUUAAUUAUUGAAAAUGGAUUACAAAAAUAGAAGAGAGAGAAAAAUAUGAAACUGGCUGGCUUAUGCAGUCAAAAUUAUACUUGAGUGGAUUGCCCAGAUAUACAGUAUGUGUGCAUGUUUGUGUGUGUGUGUGUGUAGGAGAAACACUGGUCUCUCAAAAUGUGCCUUGAUUGUUUUUUGCAAAAUGAAUGAGAUAUAUGAUGAUGGCAUUAUUUUAAUGUCAUUACAACAACAGUAUAUCACACCCCGUAGUGAGCAUUUAAUGUCCCACUAAAACUCUCUUUUGACCUCUUGAUCAAUCAAAAUCAAGAUCGUGUUCACAAUUCAGGCAAGACAUUGUGAAUAUCGAGGUAAAAGAAAGUGACAACUACACAAAAUAAAACCAGUAUCAACAGUUGUUUGAAAACAAUCCUUGACAUUUUUGACAAUUGUAAAAUAAACUGGUGCUUUCAAGGAUUCCCCUAUUCAAGGACAGUGGUAGCCUUGUAUUCAAAAUAUCUGCCUAAUUGACCAUCAAAAAUUAGCAUUGCCAGAUUUGUUUGUCAAAAGACAUACUUAAGCUUAAUACUUAAGCAUGACUUCAGGGGGCACCAAAACUGACACAGACUGAAAGUUCUUCAUAGGAGUUAAUGUAGUACACCUGUUUGUAGCCUACAGUUGAAACAAAAACACAGGUUUGCAGAUUAAUUGCUUAUUUAUUGCUUUAUCAUCGACAAAGACCCAACAUUGAUACACCCUAAGUAAGAAAAUGAUCAGAAACCUUGAAUAGAACCAAACUCAGUGGAGAACCUAUAUCUGCUGAGACGAGUUGGAGCAAGAAAACAGUUGAAUACUGCAGCAGAAAAGAUUAAAACACACAGGGUACAACAUGACAACAGUGGAGGCAAAACACUGCAAGUACCAGAGAAAUAACAUUUUAAUCCUCAUGUUAAUCCUACACCAGAGUUUUUACCAUUAUCCAGCAGCAUUAAGCCAGAAGACAUUAGAAGAGUAUUUCAUCUGAAUGGUUCUUAAAUGAACUAGACACUGAUAGUGCAGAACUUAAUUUCAACCUUCUGUUUUUGACCUCAAAUAGUUUGCUCUGGUCAGGGAUACUUAGACAAAAAGCUGUUUCAAUUUUCAGUGUGAUAGAUUAUGUCAAAAGUAUUUAAUUUCAUAAACACUUGGUAGGACUGUGAUUUGCAGAUGACAUCUCAUGCAGAUGUUGUUUUAAGCUGAGGUUCGAACACAGCAGACAAAGAUCCAUUAGAUCCAUUAAAAGCAGAAACACUCAUAUUAAGCUCAUGGUCUUCAUCAUUAUUUUAGGUGUCCAAACAGGCUUCACUAUUCAUGUCAAACACUGCAGUGUUGUACCUCAACUAUUAUCUGCCUGCUGUGUGCCUUUCAGUGGGUCCAGCGGUUUAAUUAUGAAGGUCAAAGUUCAAAAAAGAUGAGAGUGGUUGUUCGACACGUUCGCCGAGAAAGCUGCAAGUGCUUUUUCACGGUCACUGCUAACCAAGCUCAUUUGUCCAGCUCCUGUCUUUGUCAAAGUAAGCGCAGGUAAUCAGACAGUUAAUUGGUCUUGGCAGGGGAUCAGCUGGGAUUGGCUGUGACAGGUGGAUUGGCUCAGGUAACCACGUUCAGGCGAGAGGGUCAAGUUUAUCCCACGUUGAAUUUGAACCUUUUGAACUGUUUGUUCUGGGACACGUAGUUUAUGACUUGUCAUGGAAUUGGAAAAUGGAUAUGAUGGUUGAUCAAGAGAGGAUCUAUGGAAAAACUACAAUUAUUUAUCUAGCGCUUCAUUGGUACAGUUGUUGAAAUAAAAACAGUGAUUGAGUCAUGGCUUUCCUUGUCAUCCCAGGUUCUACUUUGUUCAGAUUUACUCUUGAUCUCUUGGAUCAAAUAAGUUUAUCGAUGAAAUAUAGUGACGUUCUUUUCAGGGUUCUGUCCUUUGGUUGAAUAAAUGCAUAGGAAAUAAUAGUUCCCAAUUGAAUCUCACAUACAAAUACAACCACUGAUUUCUGACCAUGAGUUUGUGUUUACAGGGAUGAAGUUCCCUGUGGAUCUGCUGGCUGAUGUCAGCCAUGCAGAGCUGGAACGGUCGGCCCAGAACUAUAUGAACAACCUCCUCUACAGCAAUCCCGAGUCACCUGAACACCUCACCUUGUCUGACUGCUCAAAGGUAACACUUAACUCAAACUGUCUGACUGCAUUCAUGUAACACACAUCAUAGUUCAGCUCCUCACUGUAACACAAACAUCACUGUACAUCUCCAAGUAACGCACACCCCACUGUUUGACCCCUCAUGGGUUACACACUCUUCAACUUCAGGUAACCAUAGGCAUUUGUUCAGAGAAUAUACAAUUUAAUCUAAUUUAAUCCCAGAAUUAGAGCCAUUUGAUAUUAAAAAUCUCAGAGAAACUGCAAGAGUUACAUUUAAGAGUCACCUUAGAUUGAAAUAAUAGAAUAAUCACACCCUAUUUGUAUGUCAGUUUUUUUUACUGCUCUGUCUUUCUGUCCUCAGGUCCCCAUAAGCAUUUCCACUGUGGGUUUUGUUCCUCUGUAUGGAUCCAGUGACAGACAGAAGGUCUUGGCCCUCUUUCCCCCAUCGGACACAAUGGUGGCAGUGGCACUGUUCCUGCUGGACCGAUGGUGGACGGUGGAUGACCUUCUGAAAACAGCAGACACCGCUCGAGAAGGAGUUGUGGAGGUAAGACUGAAUAUUUCAACAGCUUUAUCCAUUUUGAAAGAAAAUUCAGUGGGAGCUGCACCUGGACCUGGUUUCUCACAGUGAUUGUUAAAGGUGCAGAGUAUGUAUUAAGAGAAAAACUGGCAAGACUAAACGUCAGCUUGGAAAGGUAUCCCCAAAUAAUUCUCUGACAGAAGAAUCCAGAGCUGUUACAGGCCAGUAACCCGUCUGCCUACAUAUGAGCAGUUUACUUGUGCACCUGCUGCACAUUACCCACUGAGCAAUAGACAGCUAUUAGACAUCUAGUUUUUUUUUAGACCUAAUUUCAACCGUCUAGAUUCUGUAUAAUUUUAGACUGAAUUUAGACGUUGCACUUUAACCCAUUAGUCGAUAACUAUUAACUUAAAAAAGCAACUGUGAGUUGCAUAUGAGAGCUGAUCUUCAAGUACUUUAAUUAUGAUAGCCAUUGAGCAAUUUACAGUGUAGUAUAGAUAGAGCCCAGAUUUAGACUUGGUCUAAAUUUAGACGUCUAAAAAACUUUCAUUUUUAGACCUGUGGUAGCCUGAUUUUAGACCUGUCGACUAGGCUACAUUUAGACGUCUUUUAGACCUCUUUUAGACCAAAAAAUGCUCAUUGGGUAGUAAAGUCCUCAACAAAAUCCAGUUGGUAACUUGGUGGCACAAAACAAUAUUAUUUCUGCCUGCGCCAUGACUGAGCUACAAGCAUUUUCAUAUUUAAUUCAGGAACAGCACUGAUAAAUUUCCUGGUUACUUACUUUAAAAAAAUCUGUCAUAUUAUUUCUUAAACAAAAUUCCUAAAAUCUUUCUGGAAAUUGUAUGAUGAGCUAAAGUUUUUUGUAACAGCCAGAAUUGUGAGGAUUUUAAGAAACAUGUCCUUCUCAAAAAUAUUUAAUCUCUGUAGGGAUCCUUUCUGUGAUGUUGUCAAAAACUUUGACCAACAAUCUAAGCUUGUGGUGAAAAUGAAGCAACAGGCUCAUGGUUUCAAAAAAAAAAAAAAACUUUUCUUCAUAGUAAGAGAAAUGUCUGAACUAGUCUUCUAAAACUCAGUGAGAAAUGUGGAAAUCAGUGGGGUCUGUUGUUGAUUACAGGGCAUUAUACAGGGAAAGUGUGUUAGUCAUUACUCUUGGCAUCUUGUUUCCAUCAAGCAGUAACUUUAUUAGGUCAAACCUCGAAAGAAAAUGUUGUGCAACAGUGUAUGCUUUGUUUCUACUGCAGCCAGUUCAAACAUGAUUGUUUAAGGAUGCUGCUGCAUGAAAACUUUUUUGUGUGCCCCCCUCAGGUGGAGUCAGUAGGAGAGAGGAUAGUUUUAUACAUCCUGAAUCGUGUCGUCUAUAGAGCCAAAGAGAUGAGCUUAGAUGAGCUCCCUUUCCUUUGCCACGGGGAGCGAGAUCACGCUAAGAUCUUUUGGAGCAACGGAGAGGCUGUGGGCUUCUACUCAGUCAAACCCACUGGUAACUAUAAAGCAGUAUUGACCCUAACACAGGAUCAUUUUAAUCCUCAUUUCAAACAAUUAAACUCACAAUUCAUCACCAAAAAUCAGCUCCAGACCUGUUGGAGUUCCUCCCUCUCUGACACUCAUGAAUAUACUCUUCUUUGUGUUUGCCUGCAGGCAGCUUGUGUAGUUCUUUCUCCACCAGAAGCUAUCUGCUCCCUGUGAUGGACUCCAUAUUUGUUAGGAAGUGUCAGCGUGGAAAAGGCUUUGGUGUGCAGAUGCUAGAGGACUUUGUACUCAGUUUUCAAGAGGAGUGUCUUGGGUUGAGAUACCCCCUCACCAAAUCCAUGUACAAAGGUAAAGCAGACCACCCCGAAGCAUGUACAUCUUUACUGAUUUAGGUGAAUCAGCUUUCUAACAGUCAACACUGAUUUUAUAUCUUUGUCCUCAGUGUGUAAAAACUACCUGCAUCAGUACCCAAAGCAUGCAGACCUGCUGUGGGAGGUGGAGAGCAUCGGAGGCCCCACACAAAGGACCAAAAUCGCCAGCAAGAUUCAGACCAUGGAUCUGAGUGGUAAGAAAAAACAGCAGAGCUGAUAAAACACCCAGGUUGUUUUUAAAGACUGUGCAAUUUGAAAAUAAAAAUUCAGCAAUAAUCAAUUAUUAAGUAAUUUUAAAUAAUAAAGAGAAGUCUCAGAUUCUUCAGGUUUUCUUUCCUCUGCUCCUCAGCUGUAUCUAAGAGUCUGGUGUUCACCGAAGAGUCGAUCGUGAUCACAGAAGUGAUUGAGAAGGAGGCGAUCACUACACAGAUAAAAGAAACAGAAUCCAUGGAGUGUACGGUUGAAAUUGUGGUGAGUUAAAAUUUAAAUAUAUAUAAACAUUUAUAUUUUCAUUUCCAUUUCAUCUGAUCUUUCUGUCCACAUAUGGAGGUGGUCUGGGGGGGCAUUUGUCCACAGUAGUGGUGUGUAUAUUCAUGUGUGCUGGGCAACAUUGAGGACUGCUCGACCCCUGCACCCACAGCAACUAUUAUGAAGAGCAACAAAUCAGUCUCUAAAUGCAUAAACAUAGUGAACUGUCCUGUAUCUCAGUGCACACCCUGAUAUGAUAGAUAACCAGUGCCUCCACAUGCUGUGAAUAACAGGAGAACUGAACAACAAGUAUUUAUUAGAGUCAGAGUAAGAUUGAUCUUUUCGUUGUUGUGUUUUUUUACUCCCAUCAGAGUUUCUAGUCUGCUGUGCCGUCUUUCACAUCAAAGAUAACCUCAGAUUUGUACAAAGUGUAUUGAGGGUCCAUGUAUUUGCAGCUAAAACAGAUCAAAGUUGUCACCAGGGAGUCAGGAUUGAUUCUAAAGCUGAAAACUCAAGUGUAAAGCCAGUCACUUACGGUCUAAUUGUUAUAACCACAUUAAAAAGCAUUUGUGCGAAGUGUUCACAUGUGAUGAUGACCAGUGUAAUUUGAUUUGCAGGAAGAGGUGACUGUCCUGAAAGCAACCAAAGGUGAGUUUCAUCUCUUUACACAUAGGCUGUAAUAAAAAUUAAUGUAAUUAUUAGUGUUGUGUUGUGCAGUUUGGUAAUCAACAUUGUAAUUAUGGUUGCAGUCUUAGAUGAUGAGAUCCCUGUUGUGGUUCGAGGUCGGAGCAGUGGAUCCAAACAAAGAAAGAUGGCAGAACAGGUCACAGAGGAGAGGUCAGAGAGAGUAAUCAGGUCAGUAUCAAGUGAUCAGGUUCACCCCUGUGAAGCAUGAUGAUUGUUUUAUUUUAACAGGAGAUUCAGAAAUUCCUUUUCAGAUGCCUUAAUAUCAACUCUCAGUUCAAAUAUGUCCUCAUGUUUCACAUAUCUUUGGGUACUGAGGGAGGAUUUUUCAUACAAAUAUGUCAGGAGGAUUUGUUAGAAGAUAAAAACAGAGAAAAAACACACAGUAUCUGGUGUGUGCAAAUCUUUGUAUGUUUCAGCGCAUUUUACAGUGUGCAAAAAUGAGCAUUUGACCUGCAACAACAAUUUCUACCUGCAAAUUUUGAAAAGAUGCAUAUUCAAACAUGGUGUCAAACUCAAAAACAAAUGCAAUAAAGAAAAGGCAAUGUGCAGCAGAAAGUAAAAGUAACACACACUGUAAAAAACACCUAAUCUGAACACAAGUACAAAAAGGAAAAUCACAAAUUUUAAGUUUGCAAUGUUUCUGAAUUUCCUGCUUCUAUUGAUAAAAAUUGGACCAUAGUAGGGAUUGUCAUCUUGACCUGUAGUUUAUAAAAAAAUGGAAAAUCAUUUCACCAAAGAAGAAAGUAAAAAAGCAGCAACUUCAAUCAAAUUCUCAAAUGAGUCAAUGGCUUGGUGCAAUAGCUUAAGCAGAGGGCAGCUUCUUCGCUCCUAAAAUUGAGACUUUUAUCAUCCCUGAAGGCAUGAAUUUGCUAUCUUCUCUUUGUUAUCUGACCUGUAUCAUGGCAACUUGUUGAAAAAAAAUGUUUAAACUAAAGUCAUUACUUGUAUCUAUUAGGAUUGAAGAUAUUGAAGCAGAAACCCCCAGAGAGGAGCACAAUUCUGUACAACAGGAGACCGAAGUGCAAAACAUUUCUGACCUGGUGCAGACUGAGGCGUGUGUAAGUAAAUUGUUCAUUGGAUAGAUGUUUGUCCAAAUUAGCAAUAUAGCAAAUUGUUACAUUUUCUUUGUUUCAUUUUAGGAUGAAGUCAGUUUGACUCCUGAAGAGACAGGAGAGGAUGCAGCAGAUACAACACCUCUAGAAGAAAGAGGAGAAGAGGAAGAGAUAUCUGUGAUGUUAGAAAAAACGGACACAAAAGAUCUAGAUGAUUUAACAUCAGCACCUGAAACUGAGGAGCCUCAAGCCGAAGAGGAUGACACAGAAGAUGUGAACACCUCCCAUGACUCACAGGUGAUAGUUGAGAAUGUGGCGUCAGAAAUUGAGGAAGCAGAGAAAGAGUGUGAGGAUACCGUGGAACCGAUUGUGUCUGAAGCAGUUUCAGAGGAGCACAAAGAAGCAGAGACUCCAGUGGAGGAGGCCGAUGAAAAGUCAGAGGAAACUGUUACACAACCUGUGCCACUUAUAACAGAAAAUGGUGAAACUCCGAAAACAGAGAGAGUAGUCGUAAAGGUGAUAACAACAGUCAAGAGUGAAACCCCCAGACGGAGAUCUCAGCGGCACAGAAAACCAGAGGAGCAGGACACCCCAGUCCUGGAUGGAGCAAGAGUUCUGAGAGGAAGGACAGUUAAGAGCACUCCUACUCCCAAAUCUACGCGCUCGAGUCAGAGGGUGCACAGAGAAGUGACGACAAGUGUGGAGGAGGUUUCUGCAACAGAUGUAGCGGAGGAGCCAGCUGCACCUGAACAGGGAGAAGAGCCAGAAGAAAUUACCUCCAUGAAAGAGGAUGGUCUGACAGAAGAGGAGACAGAGAAAGAGGAGGAGUCAGGGGCAAAACAAGAUAAUGCAGAAACAGUAACGAGACAGGAGGAACAAGAAGCCUCUGAUGAAGAAGAUGAGGAACCUCCUGUCGUGCAGAAAAGAGGUAAGAGAGGCAGACGUAAACUUACAGCUCAACCUACGCCCAAAAGACAAAGCAGAAGACUUCAGAAACAAGAAGAAGAGCAGACAGAGGAAGCAAAAGGUGUUGCUGUCGAAGAGGAAGCUGAGGCUCAGGUAGAGGUACAAGAGGAUGCUGAUGACAAAACAGAAGAAAAGACAUCAACUGAGGAAGUAGGAGAGGAUGUUGCACCCUCAACUGAGGUUAAUAAAGCAGCAGAGGAAGAGACAGAAGCUCUCGAUGAGGUCAGUGCACCUGCAGUCGAAGAGCCUCAGGAGAAAGACAUAGACUCUGAAGCCACUGCUGAUCUUGUGCACCAGGAAGCAACCCCUGACCAGCUUAGUGAAAAAGAGAGUGAAGAAACACCAGCUGAUGGAGAACCUGCUGCUUCAGAAAAGGAAGAGGUGGAACCAAAAGCAGGAGAAGAAGAGACGUCUGUUGUUGAUGCAGAGGCGGAAACACCAGCGCCACAAGAAGAGGAAGAGGGGGAAAAGGAAACGGUUACUGAACCUGCAUCUGUAGAAACAGAGGCUGUCCAAGAGGACGAGCACCAGGCAGACAAUUCCGAGAAAGAAAAGGAGGAAUCUGCAAACCUGGAGGAGGACAAAAGUGAAGCAGAGGAAGCCCCUGUUGUUGUGACAAGAGUUUUGAGGAGUGGAAGAAAGACAAUUGUGGCAAAUCAAAGUGAAGGCACCCAACAGGAAGCUGAGGAGGACAAGACUGAGGUUGUGACUGAAGCAGAAACAGUUGACACUGAGAUGGAAGCACCAGAAAAGGAUGCUGAAGAAGAGGGGAAGGAACAAGAAGUAGAGGAGGUUGUUUCUUUAGAGACUAAAGAACAAACAGAAUCACAAAAAGAGUUGGAGGAAUCAAAACCUGCGGCAGAAGAUGAAGAGCUAGUUGAAGAGAAGACUGAAGCAACACCUGAUGUAUCUGAAGAUGCUGAGGAAGAGUCCAAAGUACAAGAGGAAACAACAGCUGCAGAAGAAGCCGCUGUUCCUGUGGAGGAAAUUGCUGAAGAUGGAGAGGAAGAGCAGAAGGAAGAAACAACGGCGGAGGAGAGUAUUUCUGGUUCCACUGCUGAAACCGAACAAGCUGAACAGGAGGAGGUGGUGAUAAGAGGAGAAAUGGUUGAGCAGGAGGAAAAAGAAGCAGACACCACUCAUGAAACGGUUCAGGAAGAUGAGGCAGCAAUAGAGGAAGAGGCCCAAGUUGCUGAUAAAGAGGAGGAGGAAGAAGUUACAGUCACUGAAAUCACAACACGAAGAGGUAAAAAGACAGUAGUCACAGUCACACCGAGACGCAAAUCAGCCAGAAGACAGAAAAAGGGCGAAGAGGAAAAGGAGGAAGCUCCAGACAUUGACGAGGAAGAACCAGAAGUUCAAGUUAGAGUUCUCAGGAGAGGGAGAAAGUCCUACCAGGUACAAAAAAGUCCACAGAGAAAAACACGCAAGCAACCCCAGGAGAAGGUGGACCAAGGGGAGAAAGGAGAAGAAGAAGCUCCAGCAGAUAAAGAUGGAGAGGCUGAGGAAAAAGUGGAACAAGCUGAAGAGGAGGAACUUAAUGAGAGGGAUGAAACCCAACAAGUAGAGGCAGAUGCAGAGAAAGAGGUUCCAGCUGCUGAGGAACCAGACAGACAAGAAGAUGCACCAGAAAGCACUGAGACAGGUGAACAAGGUGCUGAAGAAGAAAAGACCUUAGAUGAGGCUGCCCAGGAAGCAGCAGCCACAACUCAGGAUUCAGUGGAAGAGGGAGAGACCAUCGACAAAGACACAGCAGCAGAGGAAGAAACCGUGGCAGUGCCAGAAGAGACCGAGACCACAGAGGAUGGUGAAGCUACUCCUGAGGAUUCAGUCCAGGAAAAAGAAAUCGACACUUCCUUACCUGAACCCACCCCUGAUGAAGAUUUACCUCCCUCUACAGCCGAGGAGGCAACACCUAUAGAAGAAAAGCAGCAGAGUGACGUUGUGGUACCCAAGCUUCUCCAUCUCCAAAAAGUGAGUGUGGUUCUAGUGGACCUGAAGAAAACCCAUCAAGAGGUUCAUGAGGAAGAAGCAGCAGCUGUCGUGGAAGAGGAUGAAACUCCUGCUGAAGUAGAGGAAACCAAAGAGGAAGAAUCAGUGCAAGAGGAGUCAAUAGUGGAAGAGGAGAAGGUGGAGGAGAAAGCAGAAGAAGCAGUUGCAACACAAGAAAUGGGGGAGGAGGAAGCUAAGGCGACAGCAAAAGAGGAUGAGGCCCAAGUUGCUGAUGAAGAGGAGGAGGAGGAGGAGGUGGUGGCAGUCAGAACACGAAGAGGAAAAAAGACAACAGUGAAAGCCACACCAAGACGCAAAUCAACAAGAAGACAACAGAAAAGGGAUGAUGCAGAAGACAAGGACAAAGCUUCGGAUGAUGAGGAAGAGGAACCUGAAGUUCAAGUCAGAGUUCUUAGAGGAGGAAGGAAGUCCAUCUCCGUCACACAACAGAAGACACCGAAAAAAUCACACAAACAAACCCAGGAGGAAGAGGCAGAAGAAGAAGGAGAGGAAGCUACAACAGCAGAAGAGAAAGAAGCAAAGGAAGACAAAGACGAGGCUGAAGGAGAGAGACUUGAAGAUGAGGACGCAACUCAAGAUGCAGAACCAGAAACAGACGAAGACACGUCAGAGGAGGCUGCCCCAGAACAAGAUGCUGCAGAGGAGGGACAAGCUGGUGGCGCUGAAGCUGUUGAAGAAGGUGCAGAUGAGGGUGAGGCCUCAAGCGAAGUUGCUGAUGUAGCUCCAACAGAAGGGGAUAAAGUUGAGGAGGAAGAGAUCGUCUCCUCUGGAGAGGCUGAAGCGCCUCAGGCUGCUGAAGAGGCACAGCCAACUGAAAGAGAUGAAGAGGCAAAUGAAGAGGUAGAAGUUCCCGAAGAAAAGGCUGUGAGAGUGUCACCAAGAAAAACAAAAAGACAAGACAUUGAGCAGGAUGAUGCAGAAAAAAGUGCAGAGGAAGACAAGCCAGUGAUAGAAACAAGAGCUAAAAGGAAGGGAAGAAGGUCUGCCCCUGCCUCACCUAAACGCAAAUCCAGAAGAACAAGAAAACAGCAAGAAGCUGAGGAAGAGGAUGAUGACCAAACCUCUGCAGCGGAAGCAGAAGAAGCAAAGGCAGAACAAGAAGAAGCAGCAGAAGAAAGUAAAGAUGAACAGAACACAGAAAAACCCGAAGAAGAAUCAGCAACCCAGGACACUGAGAAUGCAGAACCAGAAGUUGAGAAGGAAAAUGUAGAAGCUCCAGAAGCUGAGGCAAUAACAGAACAAAAGGCCGAGGCAGAAAAACCCGAAGAAGAAUCAGCAACCCAGGACACCGUAAAUGCAGAACCAGAAGUUGAGAAGGAAAAUGUAGAAGCUCCAGAAGCUGAGGCAACAACAGAACAAAAGGCCGAGGCAGAAGGGCCCCCUGCGACUUCAGAGGAGGAACAGACCCCUGCUGAGGAGGGUAUUACAGAAACACCUCUUACAGAUGAACAGAUUCCUGAGGAGGAACCACCAACUGUUUCAUCAAGAGCCCUAAGAGGUGGAGAAAAGACAGUGAGAGUCUCACCAAGAAAAACUAAAAGACAACAUGAUGAGCAGGAAGCUGCUGGGGACAAAAGUGCAGAGGAAGAUGAACCAGCUGUGGAAACAAGAGCUAAAAGGAAGGGAAGAAGGUCUGCUCCUGCCUCACCUAGACGCAAAUCCAGAAGAACAAGAAAACAGCAAGAAGCUGAGGAAGAGGAUGAUGACCAAACUUCUGCAGCAGAAGCAGAGGGUGCGAAAGCAGAGCAAGAAGAAGCUGCAGAAGAGAGUAAAGAUGAACAGAACACAGAAAAAUCUGAAGAAGAAUCAGCAACCCAGGACAUUGAAAAUGCAGAACCAGAAGUUGAGAAGGAAAAUGUAGAAGCUUCAGAAGCUGAGGCUAUAACAGAACAAAAGGCCGAGGCAGAAGGGCCGUCUGCCACUUCGGAGGAGGAACAGACCCCUGCUGAGGAGGGUAUUACAGAAACACCUCUUACUGAUGACGGGCCGAUUCCUGAGGAGGAACCACCAACUGUUGCAACAAGAGCCCUGAGAGGUGGAGAAAAGACAGUGAGAGUCUCACCAAGAAAAACUAAAAGACAACAUGAUGAGCAGGAAGCUGCUGGAGACAAAAGUGCAGAGGAAGAUGAACCAGCAGUGGAAACAAGAGCUAAAAGGAAAGGAAGAAGGUCUGCUCCUGCCUCACCUAGACGCAAAUCCAAAAGAACAAGAAAACAGCAAGAAGCAGAGGAAGAGGAAGAGGAAGAAGACCAAUCUGCUCCAGCUGAAGAGUUGCAAGUGGAAGAAACUACAGCAGAUGUGAAUGAAAAUGUAACUGAUGAGAAAACAGAGGAUAUGGUUGGUGACCAAGUUGCAGCUGGAGAAGAAGAAACAACAGAGCCAGAGGUUGAGAUGGAAAAAGUAGAAGCUGCAGAAGAGGACUCACAAAAGGAGCAGGAGACCCUGGAAGAGCAACCUUCACCUGUCUCAGGUGACCAGGAAGAGACUCCAGCCGAGGAAGGAGCUCAAGACACACAGGGUGCUGAUGAUGCCAACAAGGAAGACUUACCAGUUGUUGAAACAAGAGCCCUAAGAAGUGGUAAGAAGGAAGCAAGGGUCUCACCACAAGGCAAAACCUUGACGAACCAACAGACUGAAGAUAAUGAAGAGGACGGGGCAGGAAUGGAAGGGACUGUUGAGACUGAGGAACCUGUGGUUGAAACAAGGACCCUUAGGAAGGGAAGAAGGUCUGCUCCUGUUAGUCCAAGGCGCAAAUCCAAAAGAACAAGAAAACAGCAAGAAGCAGAAGAUGAGGAUGAUGACCAAACUUCUGCAGCAGAAGCAGAGGAUGCAAAAGCAGAGCAAGAAGAAGCUGCAGAAGAAAGUAAAGGUGAACAGAAUACAGAAAAACCUGAAGAAGAAUCAGCAACCCAGGACACCCGCGCCGAGGAACAGGCAAUGGAGGAGGAUGUGGCUGUUUCUGUUGAGGAGACUGAAGAAAAGGAAGAAGAGGCCUUACCCCAGGAAAAAGAGGGGGCAAGUAUUGAAGUUGAGGAAACAACAGAAGCCAAGGAGGAAACAGUUGAUGAUACGGCAGGAGAAUCUGCUGCAGGAGGUGAAGAAGAAGCACUGCCUGAGGAGGAAGACACCUCAAAGAAGACAUCAGUGACUGAAGCGGAAGAAACAAACUUAACAGAAGAAGAAAGCACAGCCACAGAAAACUCUACUGCUGACAGCGAGGCAGCCGUUGAAGAUGAGUCUGUGGAGGCAGUUGAAGAAGCUCCAGCUCCUUCAACAAGAGAAACAAGAAGUUCCAGAAGACAUAAAAUUCAAGAGGUGUCUGAGACCAAUCAGCAGGAAGAAGAAAACCCUGAGGAUGACCAAGAGAUGAAUGCUCAGGAACAAGAAGAGGAAACACCUCCUCCUGAACAAGCUGUAGAGCCUCCAACUGACGGUCCCACGGAUGAUUCAACAGACAAGAAAGAGGAGGAAGAACCAGUAGGAAUGGAAUCACCAGAGGAACAGCCAUCAGAGGGUGAAGAAGAAGAUGAAACUGGGGACUCUUCAGUCGUGGAAGGUGUCAGAGUUACAAGGAGGACAACAAAUUCUCUGAAAGAAAAAGAAAAGAAAGAAGUGGUAAGAUCAGCAAAACGAAGAUCCAGCCGAAGAAAACCAAAAGUGGAUUACAGGGAAGAAAAUGAUGUGGAGGAGGAGACCUUGUCAUCUGACUCUGAUACAGAGGAACAAGAGAAAGUGGACUCAGAGGUGGACAAAGACAUCACGACUGAGUUGCCUGAGGAUGAAUCGUCUGAGAAACCAGAUGUCAAUGACCACAGUGUCCCCAGUUUGAAAUUAGACACAGAUGAAGAGGCCGACGAGGUUAUGUCAGAGGAAGAGGAGGAGCCUGUUGUGAUUGGAAAAAGGAGUUUGAGAGGGAGGGUAGUUCCUUCAAUAACAAUCACACCAGGGCGCCGUAGCGCUAAAGUUAAAAAAGCGGAAGAGUCUGAUGAAGAAGAGAGCCCUCAGCCAGCUCAGACGAGAAGUCUCCGCAAGAGGAAGAGCAAUGAGGCAACACCGACCCGCAAAUCGAAGCGUCACAGCAGAAUUUAGGAUCUGAUAUUGCCAUCACAACCCAGUCUCAUGGCGCUUGGUAAAAGAGACACAAUAAUAUAAUAGAUUUGAGAAUGGUGAACACGGACGGGAUUUGCAUACUUACUCUUCCUGUCAGUCAGCACAAACCGCAAAGAAGUGCAACAACCCUGCAACCCUGGAGGCUACAGAGUCAGGACUGUACUUUUCGGACCGCACUUAUAAGACCCUUGUUGUUUUCGACUGCACCAUCACAUGUAUUGGAUCUCCAAAGACACAAACACACUUUUAAUGUGUAGCGCAACAGUUUUCAGUGCCUAGCCAUGACCCCAAUCUUAACCAUAACUGAUUCAACAAUACCAGCGUCCUAGAGAUACAAUACCAGAAUCACGUUACUGAAACUGCAGUCUCUGCAGACAUAUAAUAUUGAGCGUAUUUGGUGCUAACAACAUGAAAAUCUUUGUGUUCAGUCUGCUAAACCCCAUUAUGCAGUGGUGACACGAGUCUUGCGCCACACUUUAGGGCUCUCUGUUGAAGGCCUUUAUUUAAGGAGGGCUCAUCCUCCAUGUUUUAAAAAAGUGGUCACACUUUGUAGACGUAGAAAUUGGCUGGGUUAAAGGAGAAUAGUUGAAAAUUUCAUUAGUUAGUCCCAAUAUUCCAAGAAUGAAAUGGUGAACUCAAGUCGAACAUAAAACAAGAAUAGAGUCUUAAAUUAGGAAAAUAAAGUCAUGAUAAUGGAGAAAAGUCAUAGUUGUAUACAGCUGCCUACUAGACUGCCCCAGUUUGAAAUAAACCCAGUUCACUGCACAGUCUAUUCAGAGUUUGCUCAAGUGUAACUGAACAGGACAGUUCAUGUUCCUUAUUUUGGUGCUGAGGGUGAGCUGCUCUUAGAAAACUUUGACUUUCCUCUUAAAUUUACAACCUUAAGAGCAAUAUUAUUAUUGAUGCCCCUUAUAACCCAUAAAAAAAACUAAUUAGAUCAUGGGGGGCAAGGCUGAUCAUUUUUAGUUUUCUUUUUCAAGCCCCAGUCAGGAACUUUCUGUAUGUGUUGAUUUUGGCGCCCCCUUCAGCCAGUUUGAACCUUCUUCAGUUUGAAGUGUACAUAUACAAGAAAAAAUUCAGCAAUAUCCAGGUAUAUAUCGUGUUUACAUGUAUUCUAAAAGUCCUGUUUUAGUCAGUCUAAUGCAAUAAGUCCAGUUUACAUCAUGUCAAUUUACUGUGGGACCACUUUGACCUUAGAGGACACCAAAACUGAGAUAUGCUGAAAGUUCCUCACAGUUCUUGUAAUGUGAAAUCUUCACUGUAAAGUAUUACAGCUAUAUUCUUAUAUUUCAACUUCACCCUCUAAAUGUAACCACUUCCCAUUUAAUCACUUAAUUUUUUCUCAUUUUUCUGGUGCAUGCUUGGGCCAAAAAAGUAAUUGGUUCUCUGAAAAAAACCAAAAAGUGAAGUUGAUUAAAUUAUGGGACAUUUAGAAAAUUGAAAAAGGGAAGUCUAAUUUUUUUUGUCAGUGAAUAAAUUUCCUGACUUAAGUUUUUGGAAAUAUUUCAAAUACACACCGUAAGGCCCUGUUGAUGAUUGAUUAAUAGUUACAUAAUGUACUGUUAAAAUAUAAACACAGGUUAAAAAAAGAAAAAAAAACACAAAAGUCUAUCAACUGCCUACAUGUAGUAAAGUCUGCACUUAAAUUCAGACAAACAACUCAAAUUAGACUGUUUCUGAUUGUUUCUUAAGCCAUAUUUUGCAUAGUAAUGAUAUGUAGAAGUGGUGAAUAUUUUUAUAUUGUAAAUAUUUUCCUACUCGUGAAUGUCUGCUUUGCAAUUUGCAGGAGCUGUAUGUAAUGAUUCAGCCUCUGACAUUUGACUUUGAUUUGUUUCUGUUUUUGACUCAGAAAUAUGCAAAAUGAUCUAAUUAGAUGUAUCAUGAAAUCCAAUCCAUUGAUCCAUUUUUAAUUUGCAAGAUGUUCAAACAGAUCCUGAAUUACUUCAAACAGGCGUUACAUUUUUUCAAAUGUCUGUGUUUUUUUUAGAGUAGUGUACUUCAAUUGAUUUUUACCUAAUCAUGUCAAACUGAACUCAGGUCUUUACAUAAAAAUGUUUUUAUUUUGACUUAAGUUUGAUGUGUAGAGAUUCUGACACGCAGACCUGUGGGUGUUACUGCACAUUUAAUUCAUAACUCAUCACAUUUGAUUCUUUAACUUAAUGUUAAGAUCUUUCAGCGAGUGAAUUUCUGAAGCCAUCGUGUUGUUCAUCCUCAAUAUUGUUUUAAAUGUGAUAAUAUUUAGUCACCAGCGUUAGUCUAAUCUCAUUAGUAUUGUUUGAUGUUUUAAGCUGUCUGAUAGUAGAUCGAUGUUUCACAAAUAUAUGAGUUUAAUAAUAGAUCACAUUUAAGUCCCAAGGCAGCAGGAGUCUCUUCAGGUCUCAAAACCUCAACGAGUUUCCUCCAGUGAUGUUUUAUAUAGACUUAUCUUUUCAGUAAAGUUAUUUUUCCAUGAACUGCAUUCACUAUUUUUCUGUGGUAAAUAAAGAUUUCCAAAAAUAGACACUUCUCCUGUCUGUUUUUUAUUACAUCCCUCACUGAAGGCACAUUCAUUGUAAAGGUAUCUUCAAACACUUAGACUCUUGAUACAAAUGUAGAGCUGAGGAUAAAGUCAAUGUGAUCCUAGUUUUCUGAUGUAAAAUAGUAAGUAAUGGACAUAAUGUAAGUUCCACAUCAAGAAAUUUGAAAAGAUUUGUUAUGGGUGGAAUACAUGCAUAGUCUGGUGUAUCAUUACCACAGUCAAUCCAUUUUAUGUCACAAUGGAAUAUAAGCUUGGCUGAGUUAUAGAAAAGUGUUGGGACACCAAUGUCUACUAUUAAGAAACAGACUACGAAUAGUAGAAAAGGGUCAAUUUUUUAACAAUUCCUUAUAAACUUUAAAUACGAACAUGAUAAUAAACAAUUAAAAAGACGGAUCACAUAAUUUUAAAUAUGAAAAACCAUAUAGCUGUAGUUCCUGCAUUAUCAUCAUAUGAGGACAGUUCUUUUUAGUCUACAAUCAUUAUUGGAUAGGGAUAUUUGUCAAACGAAAAUAAAUGUCUGUAUUUAAGCCACUUUAAUACAGACAGACCUCAUUCAAAAAGAAAAAAAAAAAACUUGUAAAAGAGAAGACAUAUCUGAGCAGAUUAUGGUGAAACAGCAUUUUAAGUUUCAAGCAGUAUGAAACAUGAACAAAAAACUUUUCCACUGGUGGCACUCCCAAUGGAACUAACGGGAAAAUUUAAUUUUGAAACAUAUUUGAAAUAUUUUUAAGUUUUGUGAACAAUCUAGAGUUUUGAUGCUCCAGUUAACUGCUCUUAAGAAUGUGCUUUGAAUUUAGUGUAAUCGAGGGGAAAAAAAAAGGAAUGAUUAGGUUUCUGAAAAUGUAAGUAUUCACCCUGGCGAAUCCAGACUGUUACCACAUUAAUCAAUCUUAUGAAAUUCUUUUAUACACAUUUUUUUUAGAUUACACAGCGUCCAAACUUUUCGGGAUUAGGGUGGCAUUUAAAGUGCCCAAAGAUCCUUGUUGUGGUUUAGCAAUGAACAUUAUAGUACGAGAUUAAAAAUAAUCGAUCUCUACAAUCCAUUUCUGCAAUCUGUUACAUCUACAUGCUUAUCAACUCAUGCUUCCUCACCCUCAAAUCCUUACCCAGCCUGAAACUUUAUGUUCACACUACAUACCAAGAGAGAAACUAGGUGGUUGAGUAAAAUGAGACACAGGAGACACAAUUCUGAAAUCUGGAAAUGUAUUUAUUCUGCUUCUACUGGAAUAUUUAAAGCAGAGUGCAGGGCACAGCAAGCAUUCACAACAGGACCAACAAUGAAAAGGCAACCACAGACAGGUGAUAAAUUAAAGGAGGAACCUGGAUCCCUACAUUCUUCAGGGGUCUUUUGGCUCUGAUAUACUAGUAUGGUUUAGGUGGGUUUCUUUAUUUUUUCUGCUUGCUGCAUUUAAUUUUAAUGGAUGUGGGCAGAAUAACCAAGUCUUCAGAGAUUACACUUUGUCAUCAAUUAUUCACAAGUCCCACAGGGAAGUAUGCACACAGGCAAACCCAGAAAAGUACAAUAUUUGCUGAUAAAUAUUGGAUCCAAAAACGAGUCUCAAAAUUUGAGAGUCUGCCAGUGCUGUGGUUUGGAUUUAGUCCAUAUUUUGAAAACGUGAUAUAUCAAACACUUGUCUUUUCAGUCUUGGAUCCCAUCUGGUCAAAGAACUGUAAGGGACAUCUUUGAGUGAUAUGAUAUUUGUUUUCACCAUCAUCAAAAUCAAACAUCAUUUCUAAAAUGUAUUUACACUUCAAAUAAAUCUGUGACCUUAUUGAGGAGAUAUUUGUUGGUUUUCCCUUUAAAUGUUCCCUGUCUGUAGUUGACCGUCCCUCUGAAUUCAAGUUAUAUUUCUCUUUUUUCCAGUAUGAAACUUCAUUUAGCACCUAACCGAGUUAACAGGCAAGCAGGCUGGUAAAGUUCCUUAUUAACCAGAAGAGCCAUGACGUUACAUGGAGUAAACAGGGCAAACCAAAGCAUCUUUCGCUAUUUAAAGAUUAUACAAAUACUUAUAUGAAAACAGAGAGACAAAACUACAUUUAGAGCCAACAGCUUCACUACUGAACAAAAAUCUAUUUUUACAGUUAAAGUUCUUCUGAAUGUUUGUGUGAUGCCUCAGAGGUCUUUUUUUUUGUUUUUUGUUUUUGUCAUCUUUAGUGUCGCCUAGCGUUGAUACAGAACAAGACCACAGCGUCGCACAUCACUUUGCGUUAAGCUUAUUACUCAUAUUCGAAAGAAAAAAACACCUCUGGGUGCAGCUCUAUGGAUGAAUGAAGGCAUCGAAACUCAUCUUUUCUGUUCCACAAUGUACAGAAAACUGGCUCUGUUUUUGAUCCUGUGAGGUCCAUCUUCCUCUUAAAACAACUUAAAAACCAAACAGACGAUUCGGAGAGGAGGAGCAGCAGCUGUGAGCAACACAUCAGGUCAGAUCUGACUCAUCUAAAAGACAGAGCGGUGUGAAGCCCGGCUUUUUAAAAAUCUAAAACUAAAACGGAACACGAGCUGGCAUGUAGGUGGUUCGUCUGUAGCUUAAAAAGGAGAGAAAGAAAAAAACACUGGAGCUCGGCCAGCACACAGAGACAGUGUUUACAACAUGUUAGUAUUUUUAGACUCAAACUCGCUUAAAUUAGUAAAGAGGAGCUUAGAAACUGUCGUAAUCCUUCUUGUCUUUUUUGCCUUCGCCCUCGAAGCUGUCUGUCCCAUCGCUGUUGUCGCGGCGGCGCUUGCGGCUGUUGCGGACAUUGAAGCGAGGGUUGGUCU